AUAAGGAACCGUGGAAGGAACAGUUCUUGUAUUGAUCACGAAGUUAAUCGUAAUACUGUGAACAAAAGCAUUAGUCCAUACCCAUGUCAUGGCCAAAAAGGCAAUCAGGUUAGUUUAGUAAUUUAUUUCAAUAAAUCAGAAAAAUUGCUGUGGUAUUUGAGCAAAGCGGGAGAGAUUAGACGUGAUGAAUAUUGUUUCGACUAUACAGGUAGCGGUGCUCCUGUCAUUUAUGAAUGUCACGGUUUGAAAGGGAAUCAGUUGUGGGAAUACUAUCAUGAGGUAAAUCAAUGCCAGUUGCUCGAAUUGCUAUUUAGUUCGUCGAAAGAAAUAGAAACAAUUAAGAAAUGGAGACUUAAUUCAGAUGGUGGACUCCUUUACGAAACAGCCCUAACAAUCAAAUAG